CUCUUGGUGGUUUUAAUUUAGCAUUCCAGAUUUUUUAUUUAUUUUUUUAAUUUCUCCUUGAACAUGCCACUGAAAAGAAACAUAGGGAGUCCACUGAAGAAUGAUGCUUUUUAUCAGGCGUCGCAGACAAAGAGAGCUUGCAAAAACGCAGAUGACCUCCACGCGACAAUUCUUGUUAACCAAGACAACAUGUUUUUCAAAGCCAGGCUUGACGAGGAGGAGGAUUCUGGCAUUAAAUCAGAAGCGGAUGAAAGCAAUGCAAGCAUCUCCUCUGAAGAAGACCUGGGCCAUCUGGAUUAUUCCAAGUCUUUUGCUGCGAAACAAACGCUGCCAAAGAAAAGCAUCAGUCAGAUCAUCAAGGACAAGAAGAAGCAGACUCAACUUACUUUACAAUGGCUUGAGGACAAUUACAUAGUUUGUGAAGGUGUUUGUCUGCCACGGUGCAUCCUCUACGCUCAUUAUUUAGACUUUUGUCGGAAGGAGAAAUUAGAUCCUGCUUGUGCUGCCACUUUCGGGAAGACCAUACGGCAGAAAUUUCCUCUUCUUACAACACGAAGGCUUGGAACCAGAGGCCAUUCAAAGUAUCAUUAUUAUGGUAUUGGAAUCAAGGAGAGCAGUGCAUAUUAUCACUCUGUUUACUCCGGGAAAGGUUUGACACGAUUCUCUGGAAGCAAGCUGAAAAAUGAGGGAGGAUUCACCAGGAAAUACUCGCUUAGUUCAAAGACAGGAACACUUUUACCUGAAUUCCCAAGUGCACAACACUUAGUGCUUCAGGAGUCUGUGUCAAAAGAAAAGGUUGACACGUUGAUUAUGAUGUACAAAACUCACUGUCAGUGCAUUCUGGAUAACGCCAUUAACGUCAACUUCGAGGAGAUUCAGAACUUUCUGCUUCACUUCUGGCAGGGCAUGCCUGAACAUCUCCUUCCACUGCUGGAGAAUCUGGUUAUUGUGGACAUUUUCUGUGUGUGUGACUCCAUACUCUACAAAGUUCUGACGGAUGUUCUCAUUCCCGCUACUAUGCAGGACAUGCCGGAGAGUCUUUUGGCAGAUAUUCGAAAUUUUGCCAAGCACUGGGAACACUGGAUGGUGUCUUCUUUGGAGAAUCUCCCAGAAAUCCUCUCAGAGAAGAAAGUGCCGAUAGCAAGACGAUUUGUGUCGUCUUUAAAGAGACAGACCUCGUUUUUACAUCUCGCACAGAUCGCAAGACCUGCCCUUUUUGAUCAGAUUGUAGUGACAUCUAUGGUGAAUGAUAUCGAUAAAGUGGAUCUGAACAGCAUCGGGUCUCAAGCGCUCCUUUCGGUUACUAAUGACCAAGAUUCAGACUUCUACUCUGAAUAUGACUCCAUUUCGGUGUUUCAAGAGUUGAAAGACCUCCUGAGGAAAAAUGCUACAGUAGAGUCUUUCAUUGAGUGGCUGGACUCAGUGGUGGAGCAGAAAGUAAUCAAGCCCAGCAAGCAAAAUGGUCGAUCGGUAAAGAAGCGAGCUCAAGAUUUCCUUCUGAAGUGGAGUUUUUUUGGCGCUCGUGUGAUGCACAACCUCACACUAAACAACGCGACCAGCUUUGGCUCAUUUCACCUCAUUCGGAUGCUUUUGGAUGAGUAUAUCCUACUGGCCAUUGAAACACAAUUCAACAAUGACAAAGAGCAAGACCUUCAGAAUCUACUGGAAAAAUAUAUGAGGAGUGCAGAUGCUAGUAAGGCCACAUUCACCGCCUCCCCGAGUUCUUGUUUCUUGGCCAAUCGGAAUAAACCUGGUGUGUCGUCCAGUGAUUCGGCUGUGAAAGAUGAAAAUCCUCCAGAAGAUGAUUUUCUGUCACUCGCAGCGGCACAGCAGGGGCUCGGUGCCGGCACUGUCGUCUACCAUAGUGCAGAUCCGGACAACUUUACUAUAUCUGGUCAGCUGGAUUUCUCUCAGAAUAGCGCUCCUCUGAUGACCCCUCCGAUCUCUCCCGCCAUGAUGAACCGCAGCAGUGUGAUUAACCAGGGUCCGAUGGCGGUGCGUCCACAAACCAGCUGCCCCAUCCAGUCCCAGCUGCCCUGCCAAACCUUCCCCGAGCCCCUGUACCAGAACCUCCACAAUCCUCCAUCUGGCUCCUACCCAAACGCCUCGUACUACCAGCCCGUGUUCAGAGCGCAGACACACACUGAAAGUGGACGCUAUGCUGCCUUCUCUGGACAUCACCUGAGCAAAGACUGCUUCAGUAACAGCUGCACUGCUUCUCCAUAUGGAACCAGGGGCUCGUCAGGUGGAUACGCAGCUGCGGGUGAUGCUGGGAUAGAGACUGAAGCCAUUCAGAUGCUGGAGUCCUCCGGGUUUGGCUUUGGAGGAACGGCUGGAGCUGCUGAUGGAUGUUCGGGUCCGGUUUGCACCUCUGGACACAGUGGAUAUUACGGCAGCAGCAGUGGUUAUGUGGAUGCUCCGAGGAUGGGCACAUUUAUCGAUCAGCAUGUGUCGGUUAUCAGCAGCGUGAGCAGCAUUCGCUCCGUUUCAGCGUAUGCUGAAGCACACGACCCUCUAAACAUCCUGGAUGACACCAGCAGGAAGACAAGACCUUACUACACUGAACUAUCCGCAAUGGGCACACACACGGCAGGAUCCAGCAUUGCUCACUCCUGCUCGGUCUCAGCGCCCUGCAUGUAUGGAGCCCCUGCCUCUUAUCAUUCUCAAAACACACUGCUGCCUCUCCAGGGAGCCACAGAGAUAAGAGAAAUGAUGUCGUCGCUUCCCCCCAUCAACACUGUGUUCAUGGGGUCAACCGGUGGACCACCCUGACCAACACUUUAUCUAUAAGUCAACAUCUGCUCUACUCACUGAAGGUCAGGCAUGCUUUAGGCCCUGUUUACACCUGGUGUUAACAAGCAUUUUCAGUGGUUUGAUCACAAGUGGUAAGCUGAGAUGCAUUCAAAUUUCAAGGAGACAUUAAUGCAGUCAUAAACUCAGAGUUUCCUUGAUCGCUUGACAUUUACGAGGUAA